CGCUAAUAAACUCUUUAGUACCCAUAUGCAUAUAUAUAUAUUUAUAUAUAUAUAUAUAUAUAUAUAUAUAUCGCUUGUCUCGGGUUAAAUGGAUAACAGGAACAGCAGCGCGUAUGUGUGCGUGGAAUGUAAUAAAUCCUUUACAACUAAAUACAAUUUACAUUAUCAUCUAAUGGAUCAUCAAAAUGAUAUUAAGGCAGAUUAUCGAUGUCCUUUUAAACAAUGUCAAAAACAAUUUAAAAAUCCUAAACGUCUCAGCGAUCAUAAGAGACGCUAUCACAUCAUAUCGGAAAGCUAUAUAUGCGAAUAUUGCGGUUAUCGGACAAAAAUGAAUUGCAAUUUCAUUGUGCAUAGACGGCAACAUACCGGCGAGAAACCAUAUUGCUGCGAAAUAUGUGGUCUAUCGUUCGCCUCAAGGUAUCAAUUGACAACGCAUAAGGACACGCAUACCAUGCAUAGGCAAUAUUUAUGCGAUGAAUGCAAUAUGAGCUUUAAGCAGAAGAAAACUUUAUUACACCACAAAUCGUUGCAUACGAAACAAGGCAAACACGUUUGUCAUCUAUGCAAUGCUUCGUUUAAGCAAUCAUCCGGUUUAUCGCAGCAUAAACGCAGCCACAAAGAACAAAUACAACGUAGCACAUCAAUUAUAACCAUUAUUGAGAAAUGAAAUGCAAAUUUCAUUUAUGAUAUUUUUUUGCUUUAACUAACGUCUCGACAUCUCUUCACGUCUCCUCAAAUUGAUAAAUAUAUUAUAUUGGCACAGUAUUUUCGUAAAUAU